GUUCAAUAAUCAUCUACACUAUACUAUACUAAAAUAUUGCUAUUUGUUUGCUAAUUGAAUACAAAUGAUAUCUCAAUUCUUUAUUCAUAAUUUUGUGACAGGUAGAAAAAAAUUUAGAUUUUUAAAGUUAAUGUGUAAUAGCAAUUAAACCGAAGAAACUCAAUCAUUAUAAAUAAUAUGAAAAAUUUUAAUACCAGUGAAGUGAAGACUAUUUUUCCUUCGGAAAAUUGUCAAAUCAAAUCCUCAACAUAUGAAGAAGAACCAAAUAAUGACAUCCUCGAAAAUACAAAAAAAAAAAAUGAUAAUUCAGAUAAUCUACGUCAAAAAUUUUUUCCUCCAGAAAUCAAUGAAUGUACAACCUCUAAAAGUAUAGAAUUAAGUGGAACAGGAAAUAUCAUUAUCACUAAUGGCAACAGUAAUCAAUCGAUUGUACAAAAUCAAUUAAAUAAUCAAUUAGUAAAUUCAGAUUCAACGUAUCGUUAUCAUAGAUCUUUUUCAACUCUUUGUGAGUCUUGUUGCACUGCAUCAGCGAAAAAGAUUUAUUUUGGUAUUUGCGUUACCAUUUGUGUUACAACCAGCUGGGUUGGUGCUACUCACUGCAUAAAGUUUUUAUAUUUUCAAAAAAGUUAUGUAAACACAAAUCAUCUUCAAUUUAAAAAUUUUUCUUAUUCUCAGCAUCAUAAUCAACAGCAUGUUCCAUUCAACGCACCUUUCUUUACAACAUGGUUCUUCACGAACUGGACAGUUCUAUAUUUUCCAAUUUACUUUUUGAACCAAAGCAUGAAAUCUAAGUGUUUAACAUCAUCAGAAAUAUUGUCAGAUAGUAUCAGAGGAUUUAGAGACAAAGGUCUCACGGGAGGAAGAUUUUUAACACGUUGCAGUCUCUUCUGUGGUCUUUGGGUGACAACUAAUUACAUGUACAUUUAUUCACUUCGUAUAUUACUUGCAACUGAUGUUAUGACUCUCUUCGCAACUAAUGUUGCAUGUGUCUAUUUACUCUCUUGGGUUAUUUUGCACGAACAAUUUGUUGGUGUAAGGAUAGUAGCUGUAAUACUUUGUGAUACUGGUAUCGCUCUACUAGCUUAUAUGGACGGAAUUACAGGCAGCCCGACAUUAGGAGGUGUUGUAUUAGCUGCUUCUGCAGCAGCUGGCUCAGCAGUUUAUAAGGUUUUAUUCAAAAAAGUGAUAGGAGAUGCGAAUUUUGGACAGAUAUCUUUAUUUUUUUCCAUGAUUGGAAUAUGUAAUGCAGCUUUACUAUGGCCAAUAUGGCUAGUUUUAUACUUUUCAGGAGUAGAGUACAUACUUUGGAUGAAGUUUCCUUGGGCUAUACUAUUCAUAGCAAGUAUUUUACAUCUUGUUGCAAACAUGCUUGGAAAUUUCAGUAUUGCUGUAACCUAUAAUCUUUUCAUAACUUUAGGAUUAAUAACAGCAGUACCUGUAUCGGCUGCUUUAGAUGUUAUAUUAUAUGGAGCUAACUUCGCAGGAAUGAAAUUAGCUGGGAUGAUCUUGAUUGCUACAGGAUUCUUUCUUGUUAUGUUUCCAAAUAAUUGGCCUGAUUACUUUACUCGACUUCUAAGGUGACCAAACAGCAGAUAAAAUUGCGACGGAAAUUUAUUUGAUUCAUCUUAUAGGAUCCCUGACAGAAGAAGAUAAAAAAUUGCGGCAAAAAAGUCUAUGCAUCAUAUAAGAGGAGAUCCUACAGCAGAAACAGCGAGAGAGAAGAUAGAGACUUUUUCGAACUUGCGUCAAGCAAUACGUGAUGGAGAAUGCCUGUCAUCAUAUAAUGUAUCAAUUUUGUCAAAAAUGAUCUGCACAAAUUCAAAAAAGAUACAUGUAUCCUCCCAUAGAUUUUGUAAUGCAGUACCAAGCACUUCUGGAAGUACAAAAAUACUCUGACUUCGCAACAAGCGGCCCGUUUCUACCAGAAAGAGUUCGCACCGUUACAAUAAAAUGUCAAGUUGAUCCAAGCUUCCAAAAAGUUGCGAGAAUGCACAGAAAAAUUGAGAGUUGUCAGAAACCUCAUACCAGUUGAUACACAAAAACAAAAGUAUAAGAGAAAAACCUCUGAUAUAUGGUAUGA